AUGACGACGGAUUUCGACCUAAAUCUCGACAGCGCGCCUCUCCUCCAGUCAAUUCACCAGCUGGAUUUUGUGCAGAUGAAAGGUAAGUACAAAUAGCACCGUUCGUAAUGUAGGUAUGUAGACAGAAUGCUAGACUUUAGGGGUUUGUCUGAAAUGUGAAAUGUGAUGAAUGAACAAUGAAAUGAAAAUGAUUGCCAUUAAUAAACAACCAUGAUAAUGUGUGGAAUUGGAGAUUUUUUUCAGUGUGAAUAUUUUGGUUUAAAUCCUGUAUUCCCCUUAAUUUCCAGUUUAUUAAAUAAAUCCCAUAGUUUAUAUAAGGCCGUCAAGAUAACUGUCUGAACACGUGUACCCAUUCAGUGCUACCUUUAACAUCUGCUUUCUUUGUGAGAUCUACAAAUAGACCACUGUGGUCAAACUACCAACUCUAUAAACUGGUCAGCCGCAACAUUAAACCCACUAACAGGUGAAGUGAAUUACUUUGAUUAUUGAUUUGUUUGCUGCGUAUGGCGCUACGUAGCUGCAGACCAAUCAGAGUUCCCCCUGUUCAUUGCUGAAAGCACCUUCAAAGAGGACGUGAGCAUCAAUUGCACCAUGGAUCAAUGGAAGAAGGUUGCCUAGUCUGAUGGCCAAAGUGCGAGUACAUUGUUUACCUGUGGAAUAGAUGGCAACAGGAUGCACUGUGGGAAGAAAUCAGGCCGGCAGAAGGGGGCAGCGUUCUGCUCUGGGCAAACCUUGGGCACUGGGAAACCUUGGGUCCUGACAUUCAUGUGGAUGUUACUUUGACACGUACUACCUACCCAGAGAUUGUUGCAGACCACGUACACCCCUUCAUGGCAAUGGUGUUACCUGAUGGCCGUGGCCUCUGUCAGCAGAAUAAUGUACCCUGCCACACUGCAAACAUUGUUCAGGAAUGGUUUGAGGAACAGGAUAAAGAGUUCAAGGUGUUGCCUCGGCCUCCAAAUUCCUCAGAUCAGAUUGAGCAUCUGUGGGAUGUGCUGGAACUACAAACACGAUCCAUGGAAGCCUGACUUUGCAACAUGCAGGACUUAAUGGAUCUGCUGCUAAUGUCUUGGUGCCAAAAACCACAGGACACUAUCAGAGGUCUUGUGGAGUCCAUGUCUCAAUGCAUUGAAGCUGUUUUGGCAGCAAGAGGGGAACCUGCUAAUGCUGUGGCUGAUCAGUGUAAUACUUCACUAAUCUUUGGCAGAGAAUUAUGGGAGUUGUAGUUAAGGUGAGGUGGCGGGUUGCUAGGCAGAGACAGAUGUAUCAAGAUGAGAUGCAGUCAGUAGUUUCUAUCUGAACAGUAAGGGAAUGGUGUCUGUGAAAUGGAUAAAAUUGGAAGAGAGGGGGCAUUAUUUUGCGUACGUGCUGUUUGGGAUAUGUGGGAGCUGUGUGGGUACCGUGAGUGAUGGCUGCUGCGUAGGCAAUGUUUCUGAGUGUGCAAUCAUAAUGUCACUCACAGAUCCUUGCAUUCCUGCCAGUAAGGCAUUGGAAGAAUUUGUAUUUCAUUAUUUCUAAUUAGAGUGUAAUGUGCAGGCCGAGCAUCGAAGCCUUGCUGUCUGGAGAAAUCACAUCUCGAUCUGUCCUGUACGGAGACACGUUUUAUUUCUACUGCUAAUAUUUAAUGUAAUUAAAGCUGAGCACAAGAGAGUCAUUGCAUCAUAAAUACACGCUUACAUUUGCACAUUUAUUUAUUUUUUAAAAUGACUAGUUAAAUCUUCUUGGUGUUAAGUUGUAUUUUAUAAUGUUGAAGUUCUGCCUUAAAUUGCAGUUAGAAUGGUGUAUACAAGGAUAAUGAAAUACUGAACGUGAAAGUUAUUAAGAAAAGACUGUCCUGUCUACUUUCCAUAUCUCUGUCCUUUGUGAUGCUGGCUUGGUUCAUGCUUUACUGAACGUUACUGUCAGCAGAGAGAUACGAGAGGCCCACAUACAAUAACCGUACUUAAUAUCAAACUGGACUAGAGAGAAAUCCUUAAAUAACCUCAUACGUCUAAAGCCUUUGGGUUCAGUUACAGCCCUCCAGAGCGUGCCUAUAAUUUGUUAUCAGACCACGGGACAGCCAGUGACAUCAAAUGCAAUGUCCGUAUGGAAAAAAAUAAUAUGGGAUUAUAAAAAUCUCUCGGUGACAUCACAGAAUGGCUGGGUUUGUCGCAUUAUGGAACUCCUUCUGUGACAUCAAAUAAUACCUGGGUCCUUGGGAUUAUAGAAUUCCUUCUGUGACAUCAUACAAUGCCAGGAUAAAGGGGUUAUAGAACUAUUCUGUGACAUCACAGAAUGCCAGGGUAAAGGGGUUAUAGAACUAUUUUGUGACAUCAUAAAAUGCCUGGGUAAUGGGGUUAUAGAAUUAUUCUGUGACAUCAUAGAAUGUCUGGGUAAUGAGGUUAUAUAAUUAUUCUGUGACAUCAUAAAAAUCCUGGGUAAUAAGGUUAUAGAAUUAUUCUGUGACAUCUUAAAUUGCACAGGUAAUGCGGUUAUAGAAUUAUUCUGUGACAUCAUAGAAUGUCUGGGUAAUGCGGUUAUAGAAUUAUUCUGUGACAUCAUAGACUUGCCAGGGUCUCUGGGGAUUAUUGGAAUAUUUCAGUGGCAUAGAAUACCUGGAUCUGUAGAAAUCCAUUAGUCUUCUAGUGACAUCAUGGAAUGCUGGGGUCCAUGAGUGUGUACAAAUCUCAGUGACAUCAUAGAAUGCCACUGUCCAUUGGGAUUAUAGAAAUCUUCUAGUGACAUUAUAGAAUGCUGAGAUCCAUGAGUUUGUAAAAAUCUCACAGUGAGAUUUCUGGGUUCCAAGGAAUUAUAGAAAUAUUCUAGUGAUUUCAUAGAAUGCUGGGUUCCAUGUGUUUAUAGAAAUCUUUUUAAUACAGAUUAAGAAACAGCGCACACAUAAAAAUACAUUUUAACAUUCUAUAAGGCUACUUAAAAUCGCCUAUCUCAGCAAACAAAUAUGGGGAUUCAGUUCCACCAUACGGCCAUACUGUGUUAGGCCCAGCACUACGUCACAGUACUCCAAUGUCUGUUGGUUCUACACUAAUUAUGUCACAGUACCCCAAUAUCAGUGGAUCCUACACUUAUUACAUCACAGUACCCAAAUAUUGGUGGGUCUUACACUAAUUACAUCACAGUACCCCAAUAUUGGUGGGUCCUACACGAAUUACAUCACAGUACCCCAAUAUUGGUGGGUCCUACACUAAUUAUGUCACAGUACCCCAAUAUCAGUGGAUCCUACACUGAUUACAUCACAGUACCCCAAUAUUGGUGGGUCCUACACUAAUUACAUCACAGUACCCCAAUAUUGGUGGGUCCUACACUAAUUACAUCAAAGUACCCCAAUAUCGGUGGGUCCUACACUAAUUACAUCACAGUACCCCAAUAUUGGUGGAUCCUACAUUAAUUACAUCACAGUACCCCAAUAUCAGUGGGUCCUACACUAAUUAUGUUACAGCAACCCAAUAUCUGUGGAUCCUACACUAAUUACAUCACAGUACCCCAAUAUUGGUGGGUCCUACUCUAAUUAUGUCACAGUACCCCAAUAUCUGUUGGUCCUAGACUAAUAACAUCACAGUACCCCAAUAUCUGUUGGUCCUACACUAAUAACAUCACAGUACCCCAAUAUCAGUUGGUUCUACACUAAUAACAUCACAGUACCCCAAUAUCGGUUGGUUCUACACUAAUCACGUCACAGUACUCUAAUAUCGGUGGGAUUUUUUUUUUUGAAAAUCUUUUAGAAAGGGGAUUUUUAAGUAACCAUAUAAAAUGUAAAAUUUUAUUUUUAUGUGUGCGCUGUUCAUUAAUUUGUAUUUUACAUAAAUUGUAGUCACUACGACAGCACCAUUCCUGCAAAAUGCUUCUGGGUGUGCCCCAAUUCCCUUGUAUCUUUACUAUAGAAACUUUCCUGUGAUCUUAUGGAAUGCUGGGUUUUAUGGGGUUAUUGGAAUCUCAGUGAUGUCAUAGAAUGCUGGGUUUUAUGGGGUUAUUGGAAUCUCAGUGAUGUCAUAGAAUGCGGGGUUUUAUGGGGUUAUUGGAAUCUCAGUGAUGUCAUAGAAUGCGGGGUUUUAUGGGGUUAUUGGAAUCUCAGUGAUGUCAUAGAAUGCUGGGUUUUAUGGGGUUAUUGGAAUCUCAGUGCUGUCAUAGAAUGCUGGGUUUUAUGGGGUUAUUGUAAUCUCAGUGAUGUCAUAGAAUGCUGGGUUUUAUGGGGUUAUUGGAAUCUCAGUGAUGUCAUAGAAUGAGGUGUUUUAUGGGGUUAUUGGAAUCUCAGUGAUGUCAUAGAAUGCUGGGUUUUAUGGGAUUAUUGGAAUCUCAGUGAUGUCAUAGAAUGCAGGGUUUAAUGGGGUUAUUGGAAUCUCAGUGAUGUCAUAAAAUGCUGGGUUUUAUGGGGUUAUUGGAAUCUCAGUGCUGUAAUAGAAUGCUGGGUUUUAUGGGGUUAUUGGAAUCUCGGUGCUGUCAUAGAAUGCUCGGUUUUAUGGGAUUAUUGGAAUCUCAGUGAUGUCAUAGAAUGCUGAGUUUUAUGGGAUUAUUGGAAUCUCAGUGAUGUCAUAGAAUGCAGGGUUUUAUGGGGUUAUUGGAAUCUCAGUGAUGUCAUAGAAUGCUGGGUUUUAUGGGGUUUUUGGAAUCUCAGUUAGGUCAUAGAAUGCUGGGUUUUAUGGGGUUAUUGGAAUCUCAGUGAUGUCAUAGAAUGCUGAGUUUUAUGGGGUUAUUGGAAUCUCAGUGAUGUCAGAAUGCAGGGUUUUAUGGGGUUAUUGGAAUCUCAGUGAUGUCAUAGAAUGCGGGGUUUUAUGGGGUUAUUGGAAUCUCAGUGAUGUCAUAGGAUGCCUAUCUCCAUCGUAUCGAAGAAAUCUCACAAUGGGUGAUGCCACCUUUAUAUUAUGUUUUACUGUACAAUAUCCCCAGGGUGAAACAUGUAAUACAUAGCUUGCAGAUCACAAAUAGGAAGCUAGAGGGUGCUGCUGGGCCUGAGACCGGUGUACUGUAAAUACCAGCAGAGAAUAAACUAUUUGCUGAUUUUAAUCUCGGCAAAUUCUGUGUCCAACUCUCUCCCUAGUAACAGUCUUCAUCGCUGAGAGUUUAUACAAGGACAGACAUUGUUCUUACAUUCUGCCAUGUCAUUCACAAGUAGGCAUAAAUCUCAGCUUUUACAUUAAAUCUAAUCAAUCUCAGCCUUUAAAUUAAAUCCCAUCAAUCUCUGCCAGCUAUAUGUUUUCCGUUUAUGGUUUUAUUUAAGCACCAGAAAAAAGGGAUGUCUCUGCAAACCCUUUAUAACUUUUUAAUGGUAAAUAGAAAAAUCUAAAGUUUUAUAAGAAACAUCGCUCCCUAGCGUAUGUAGGACUACAACUCCCAGAAUUCUCUGUCAGCGACUUUGUAUUCUUUGUUCUACCUGAGAAAGGUUAUGCCAUUCUGUGUAAAGCUAUGCGUGAGUCUGCAAUGGUCUCACAUUUGAGUAAAUAUCCAGAUACAGAGGGUCGUAUUCACUAAAAGCGAAAUAUUAGAGAUUUGACAAAGGAGUUGGAGAUUUUAGACCCAAAAAAUUUAAAUUAUGGGAAAUACAAAAAAUUUCCAAUACUGUUUUUCCAGCCUGGAUGUUUUCACCUGUCAUUUGCAAUUCUUCUCAAAUCUUCCAAAUUCCCAAAUUAGUGAAUAAUCCCCUAUGUGAUAUAGCAUAUUUAUCCGAGGCGGCUCAUUAAUCCGCCAUCACACUGCGCAGUAUUGCAGUGUACGAGCAGAAACAAUAGACUUGUAGUUAUUUACAGAAGGGGUGUGUAAAUUACUUAAAUAUUGACUUAAAAUACAGUUAAGCCCGUUACACCCCUGAUAUCAAUAAUAAUUAUCGCUGGCACGGCUCCUGUUUAUAAACUGCGGAUCGCGUUGUGUUUGGCCCGUAUACCAGAAUAGAAAGCCAUUUUGAUGAAGCAUUAGCUAUUCUAUAAAGCCCAUGGUAUAACUAACGACAUUUAUCGUGGGCUCUCUUUCCCCUUGCACACCUUUGCUGAACACAACACAACAUGCCUGAAUCAGUUACCUAGUCCCUGCGUUGCCAUCCUUGGUUAGUACCCUAGUGUCGCGCUUAUUAAAAGGUUAAAUAUCCACUUAACACGGUUCCUAUUGGGUUCUAAAAUCCUUCUCUUUCUCAGUGUAUGGUAUGUAAAAUGUGUUGAACUUCCUACAGGACCAACACCGCUGUGUGUCAUCUAAACAUUUCCAGAAAUGUUUAUUUUUUUAUUGCUCUCAAUGUGUUAUUUUUACGUGCCACGGGAUAUGAUAAACGCUCUAAGAUGGAUGAAAAACAUUAACUAAGCAACAAAAACACUGGUCUACUCGCAAGUUUUGUAAAUAACUAAGUGUGUGUGUGUGUGUGCAUAUACACUGCUUAAAAAAAUAACACAUCCUAGAUCUGAAUGGAUUAAAUAUUCUUCUGAAAUACUUUGUUCUUUACAUAGUUGAAUGUGCUGACAACAAAAUCACACAAAAGUAAAAAAAAUGGAAAUCAAAAUUUUCAACCCAUGGAGGUUAAAAUGGAAAAACACACUACAGGCUGAUCCAACUUUGAUGUAAUGUCAUUAAAACAAGUCAAAAUGAGGCUCAGUAGUGUAUGUGGUCUCCAUGUGCCUGUAUGACCUCCCUACAACGCCUGUGCAUGCUCCUGAUGAGGUGGCGGAUGGUCUGCUGAGGGAUCUCCUCCCACACCUGGACUAAAGCCUCUACCAACUCCUGGACAGUUUGUGAUGCAACGUGACGUUGGUGGAUGGAGUGAGACAUGAUGUCCCAGAUGUGCUCAAUUGGAUUCAGGUCUGGGGAACGGGCGGGCCAGUCCAUAGCAUCAAUGCCUUAGUCUUGCAGGAACUGCUGACACACUCCAGGCACAUGAGGUCUAGCAUUGUCUUGCAUUAGGAGGAACCCAUGGCCAACCGCAGCAGCAUAUGGUCUCACAACGGGUCUGAGGAUCUCAUCUCAGUACCUAAUUGCAGUCAGGCUACCUCUGGCAAGCACAUGGAGGGCUGUGCGUCCCCCAAAGAAAUGCCACCCCACACCAUUACUGACCCACUACCAAACCGGUCAUGCUGGAGGAUGUUGCAGGCAGCAGAACGUUCUCUACGGCGUCUCCAUACUCUGUCACGUCUGUCAAAUGUGCUCAGUGUGAACCUGCUUUCAUCUUUGACGAAUUUGCCAAUCUUAGUGUUCUCUGGCAAAUGCCAAACAUCCUACAUGGUUUUGGGCUGUAAGCACAACCCCCACCUGUGGACGUCUGGCCCUCAUACCACCCUCAUGGAGUCUGUUUCUGACUGUUUGAGCAAACACAUGCACAUUUGUGGCCUGCUGGAGGUCAUUUUGCAGGGCUCUGGCAGUGCUCCUCCUGUUCCUCCUUGCACAAAGGCGGAGGUAGCGGUCCUGCUGCUGGGUUGUUGCCCUCCUAUGGCCUCUUCCACGUCUCCUGAUGUACUGGCCUGUCUCCUGGUAGCGCCUCCAUGCUCUGGACACUACACUGACAGACACAGCAAACCUUGCCACAGCUCGCAUUGAUGUGCCAUCCUGAAUGAGCUGCACUACCUGAGCCACUUGUGUGGGUUGUAGACUCCGUCUCAUGCUACCACUAGAGUGAAAGCACCACCAUUCAAAAGUGACCAAAACAUCAGCCAGGAAGCAUAGGAAUGGAGAAGUGGUCUGUGGUCACCACCUGCAGAACCACUCCGUUAUUGGGGGUGUCUUGCUAAUUGCCUAUAAUUUCCACCUGUUGUCUAUCCCAUUUGCACAACAGCAUGUGAAAUUGUCGCUCAGUGUUGCUUCCUAAGUGGACAGUUUGAUUUCACAGAAGUCUGAUUGACUUGGAGUUGUGUUGUUGUGUUGUUUAAGUGUUCCCUUUAUUUUUUUAAACAGUGUAUAUUAAAAAAAAAAAAACAUAAAAAGAAAAAGUGAUCUGUCUGCUUGUUUUUGAUUUUUAAUGGUGUGCAAAUUAAAUUUAAACCUAAACUGUUGGCAGUGUCCCUUUUAAAGGGUUUCAAUACCAUGUUAACGAAGCAGUCCUGUACCUAGAGUUUAGUAGUUAUUUAUAGUGGGAUUUUUUCGUGGUGGAGAAACAUGUUCCUUCAUUCCCGAACUCACAUUAUGUUUUAUUCAGUUCCCUGUCUAGUACCAGCACCCCCAAUUCUGCAGAUGGAGGAAUGUUGCACCCACAAUAACAGCGCCACCUUGUCGUGGAAGCAGCCGCCCCUGUCCGUGGUACAGGCCGAGGGAUACAUUCUGGAGCUGGACGAUGGCAAUGGUGGACAGUUCAGGGUAAGAGACCAUUUAUGUGGUGUGUAACUAAAAUAUAAUUUCCAAUUCCCAUUAUACAUUAUACACCAUGUGAGCCGCCAUGUACCCGUUAGAAGUGCGGAUUAUAGCCGUAGACGAUAACAGGCAGAUAAGUGUUCUGUUGGCCAACGUUAAGUUCUAGCUGCAUGGUAUACAGAAUUGAUGGAUAGAUUUGGCUCCCAAGGAUUUUGUCGAUUACAUUUCCCAUUGUUCUAGGAUUUUAGACGGUCUGAGCACUAUGCGCACCAAGCCACAAUCCGUAUACAGUCUAUCGUGGUUUAUGGCUGCAUUUAAAGUGUGUGGGGGUAUGUUUUACUUUAAUUAUCUGGUGAAUCCCUCACACUGACUAAUGCAAUGUAAAUGUGUUACUACGGUCGCUCUGUUAUAGACAUCAUUAGUCUUUAGAUUAGCUUAGAGUGCUCGGAUUUACCAUCUGUCAGGAUUACAGUUGAUCCAGCAUGCAGAAUAGUAUCGCACCUAGGACUAAAGGUAACGUCUAACCGGACCUUAGAAUGGCCGGACUUAACGUACCAGAGAAUAGUCGAAAUACUAGCGGAGGUCAGGAACACAGAAAGAAACACAGUUGUAAGGAAUAGCCAAUAGUCAGGGAAACCAGAAAUCAGGGAAGUCAGAACAAAACCAAAGAAACACAGAGAGAACAAAAGACGGCGUUUAGAGAACAUGUAUAUAUGUAGGCUUUGUUAAAUUUGCUUAUUUUUACUUUAAAUUGGUCACAUCUAUAUUUUCCAUUCUUUAAGGACCUAAUAUUAGUUUACUCUUUUGUUACCAGACAAAUAAAAAGUCAGAACUUUGCAACAUGUCUAUUUUAUCUGGAAAAGCUACGAAAAGCUAUUUACGUUAAAUCCUUCCCAGUCUACGAAUGCUAAACGAAAGCCUAGCUAAGUGUCUAGGGGACAAUUCAAUCAAUGAAUAUGGUGAAAACCAGCCUUGGGAAUCAUCAGAACACCAACUGGGUUCCCAAUUAUUUUCGAGUUGGUCUAGGGAUGCUCUAAGGGCACAAUGUAACAAUAAUAAUAUUAAUUUAAAAAAUGCUUUGCUAUUCUUGAUCAUCCUCCUCCAUCAUCUGUACUUUGCCAAUGGUGCCAUUAACAUCAGGUCCAAGAUGAAGAAUUUUCUCCCUUCUCCCUGUCCAUGAUUUUAUCAUCACUCCUUUUUCUGCACUCUCAUUAUCUAUUGGAUAAGGCAGACCCAAGCAGUCCCAUCAAUACAUUGUAUCGAUGUCCAACGUUCAGUCCAAGAUCUAAUAGAGCUCCUUUCUGCCACAGGAGGUGUUUGUUGGGAAAGAAACCAUGUGUACCGUGGACGGCCUUCAUUUCAACAGCACGUACAACGCUCGCGUCAAAGCCUUUAACAAGGCCGGGGUCAGUCAGUACAGUAAGACUCUGGUUCUGCAGACCUCGGAAGGUAAGGACGUGACUACAUUAACAUCUAGAAUCUCUUUACCAUUAUAGAAAAAUAAUUAUAAAAGAAAAACGUCAUGCUGCACUAUUUUGUGUCCAAAAAAAAAAAAGUUUGUAGAUCAUAGAUUUUGGUAAAGGGACAUUAGAUAUUUUAAUUGCGUUAUCAUAUAAUAUUUCGAUAGUGUCUGUAAAGAGGCAAUUACAAUUUUUUAUAUAAAAUUAUUUUAAUUGUAGGAAAAGGGCACAUUAAAGGUCAUAUUUACACUGCAAAGACAUAAAUAGUGCUAACUAGGUACUAAUAAGCUCAACUCCAGAAAUCGUAGGUUCUGAUUGGUUGAUUUUAGCACAUGACCUAUUCUGUGUUUGUCAUUAUUGAUAACUGUUAGUGAGGAUGUCAGAAUUAUGAUGAAUUGGAAGCUCGCUGCCUCCACCUGAAAAGGGGUCAUUCUUCAGUUGUUUUUACAGGUAAAUCUACUGUCGGUUUAUUAGUGAGGAAUAUAGUUUUAAAUAUGUUUUUUUAUUUAAAGAACAUUUCAAGAGGUUGAUGCUUUAAAGGGAUACUAUAGUGCCAAGGAAACAAAGCUGCAGUGCCCCCUUCCCUCGCCCAUCUGUGUCACCUGAAUCCAACAUGGAUGUCCCUCGGCGCUGGGUCAGACUCCGAUAUGAUAUAUGAUAUGCUUUCCUAUGGGGAUUUGAUUGACGCUGGAUGUCCUCAUGCACAGUGUGAGGAAGUCCAGCAUCAUUUUGGUGGCCUAACCACCCGGAAGUCCCUCUAGUGGCUGUAUAGAGUUUCUCAGAAACUGCAAUAAUAACCACCGUACGGUUAAGGGGCAUGGGACAUUGCUCCCAGACCACUCCAGUAAGCUGAAGGGGCCUGGGUGCCUAUAGAGUCCCUUUAGAAUUGCAAAAUAAAUUAUUAUUAUUACAGGCAUGAUGAGAGUAUUACAUACACAAAGAUAAUUACAUGCAGGAUGAGAAUAUUACAUGCACGAUGAGAGUAUUACAUACACAAAGAUAAUUACAUGCAGGAUGAGAAUAUUACAUGCACGAUGAGAGUAUUACAUACAUAAAGAGAUUACAUGCACUGUGAGUUUAUUACAUGCACGAUAAUAUGACAUGCGCAAUGAGAGUAUUACAUGUGCAAUGAGAUUAUUACAUGCAUAAUGAUAUUAUGACAUGCACAAUGAGUAUAUUACAGACACAAAGAGAUUAUUACAUGCACAUUGAGUUUAUUACAUGCACAGUGAGAGUAUUACAUGCGCAAUGAGAGUAUUACAUGCACAGUGAGAGUAUUACAUGCGUAACGAGAUUACAUGCCGAUGAGAUUAUUACAUGCACGAUAAUAUUAUGACAUGCACAGUGAGAGUAUUACAUGCGCAAUGAGAUUAUUACAUGCACGAUGAGAUUAUUUACAGGGCUCCACACACAGUUACAUGGUAACAAUGGCGAAAAGUCCUUUAAAACAGAUUAUGCACUUUAUCACUAUAACUUGCUCACAUUUCUUUGUGAUGUUUACAAAGCUUUCUGUUCAUUACUCCUGAAUUUUCAAUCACAAAAUGUAUUAUUUGCCAUCCUUGUUACUAAUCAUUACACAAUGCUUAUCCCAAUAAAAUGUACAUCACAAAUCUAGACCAUUGCAUAUUUUUUUUAAUUUAACAUUGUUAUAGGUGUUUUCAUUUGUCACUCUAUUUGGUUUCAGACAGUUGUAACUGUGACUGUACUUAUUACGUGUUAUCGCUGGCAAACAUUUUUAAUCAACAAUAAUAGAAUUAAUGAUGUUGUAUAUAAAAAGCGUUAGGUCUGUUACCAUUUUGUGUUUAGUCUCAGUAUGGACUUGUUGAGAGAUAAAGAGGAGUUGGAGCCCAGAAAUGGACCCAGUGAAGCAAGGCUUGGCAAUAUGACAUCGCAAGCUGCGACAUCACAUACAUAGAUUGACAAGUCAUUUCCCCAGGCAGCAGGCACGUGGAAUAAGGGAGCCGACGCCCCGAUACUGCUCAGUCUCCUUACAGAACCGCCAUGCUGUGUAGGUUCUCUUGGACACACAGCAGCACCUAAACUGGGGGGUUUUCUUUCUUGACCCCCCCAACCAUUGUAUCACAGAGCAUUAUGGGAAAUAUGAGCAAUAACUAUUUGGAGAGCUAAACGGGGACUAACCAAAGUGCAAGCUAUCGAGUAUCUCUAAGCUUUAGUACAUUCUCAUAUUCUCUGUUUUUGUUACAAUGCUUGGACUCUACCCAAGUUUAAAGUGUAAUCUAGACGUGAACCCCGUGCUCACUGUGCCUAGAGGGGUAUCAGCUACACUUCGCUGACGAGGCCCAAAGAAGGCCGAAACGAUUGCCUGGUGUUGCUGUAUCUCUUAAGGGCAAUCAAUAACCGAAAUGCAUUAUCAGUGGGAUGAGUCUGAUAAUGAUAUAAGUUCUCUCUGUAAUGAGCAAAAACAUUGAGACCUGAGCAUGGACUAAGCGAAGGGCAAGCUACAGAGUUUCUCUAAGGUUUUGCCUGCCUUCAGAGUUCUAGCAAUAGCUGAGGGAAGGGAUAGGGUUAAUCUGACAGGUUUUAUAUCGUUACAAGUGGUAAGAAUGUAAUGUGUGUGUGUAUAUCUCUCUUUGUUGUUAUAUUUAUUUGUGUGCUUACAUUGCUGUGAUCAUUCAUUAUUUGUAGUCAUCGGUAAAACAUUGCAAUAAUCUAUUGGGUUUUCUAAAGUAUUUGGAAAGUCAGACUGAGAUAACGGCGCAAAUAAAACAUUCAUAGAUUAGAAAAUUAUGGGAACUGUAGUUGUCCUAAUAAGCACACAUUUUAUUUGAGUCUCUCAGCCUGUGCUGUAUAGGCUGAGAUGCAUCAUUGGGGGCUAUAGUUCUACGACAGCAGGGGUCCGCCUGGGUCCAAUCCUGCUUUAUCCUGUGAGCUGGAUUGUUCGAGAAGAACUGAACCGCUGGCCUUCAAUGGAGUGGAUGCUUUCUGACUUAACACAUUAUGAAUUAUCUGGCGCUGUCUGAACAUCAUAUUGGCAGUGUCUGUCGUCUAUCUAUACACCGCAUGGAAUCGGCUGGUAGUUUUAGAACUUAUUGGGCCCCACUGCAUCCACUGGGGCCCUCUAGGGAGGCGUCACGGUCACUUUUCUGACUGUACGUGUUGGAUAAUAAAAAGCGGCUGAGGUAAUUCGUGCGUCCUCUGGCGUAUCGACGCUGUUUGUGUUUCUGUCACCAUUUUGCGUUUUGUAGUAAAGUGAAUCUGUCACCACAGUAAAUCUCUGCGUUAAUCAAUACAUCACAAAAGCUGUAUAUGUUGUGUUACAUGUUUGUUGUUUAACUGUUCAGCUGUAAAGGUCUUUUACUUUUGUAAGAAUUAUUUUAUAUUAAGCAGAACUAAGACACAUUUAAAAGUAACAAUGUAAAUAUUACAGGUUUUCUCUAAUAUGCUGCCAGAAACUUUGCAUCUUCCAAAAAAAGAGGAAGAAAAAUUUACCUCUAGUUGAACGAGAGAAUUGAGAUUAUAACGGAUUGCAAGCCUUUUCACCCUAUUAGAAUUCAGCUAGAAUAAGAAAUGUUCUAUGUGAACAACAAAAAAAAUCCAAAAAUACUACUAAUGGCAAACCCAAAUCUGCUAUAAAAUGAUUAACUCAAUGGGAUAAAAAGGAAUACAUUCAAUAACCUGUACGUAUACCGCUAUUCCAAUUAGCUGCAUCCUCCUUUUGCUUCCUGAUUGGCUGACUGUAAUGUGUGUUUUAUAUACACAAUAUGAAGGAAAAAGAAGGGGAAUUGGGGGCAACACCCCGGAACAUGAAUUUCUCGGUAUUGUGCGAGUGGUGCUGCCGUAAAGACCAAAGUAUAUACAUAUGUAUGUUUUAUUAUAUAUAUUUGUUGAUGUUUAACUUGGUUCUAGAACUGGGGCAGGACACAGAAGAGAGAAUUCCAUUCCAGAGAGAAGGGAGGCUACUUAGCUUGUCUGCCACAGAUGUCUCGAGAAUAAUGAGUCCUGUGCCAGGUAGGCUCCGAUUUAAUAUUAAAAUUCUGUAUUACUGAACAGUUUUAUAUGAGAAGUUAUCUCGGCAGCUUUUAUUUCUGUAUUGGUGAAUGUAAAGGGUUUCUUAAUGUGACAGAUUCACUUUAAUAAGUUGGUCGGACAGCUUACUAUUUCAAGGUGACGUAAUAAUAGAUGUGUCCACAAAUUCUAAGCUUUUUGUAACCGUUUUAAAGGUAUUUGAGAGACAGUCCUAACAUGUCGAAACAUUGGCAUAGUGUGUAGAGGGAUCUUGCCCAUGAUCCCAUGACAAGUAUUUUACCACUGGAAAGGUGAUAACAUGCAAGGGGGACUGAAAAUGGGUCAUUCCAGCCUCACUCACGUGUUCACAGAGCCGCCAAUCAGGAGAAGCCAUGCAAAACGUCCUCCAGAAGAGAUCUUGCAAUGGCUUUGCACAAGUGUGAGAACAUUAAAAUGAUGUGCUUUCUAUUGUUCCAAGAACAAUCUGUCCCAAAAGAUCCAGAGGUCUUGGGAAGUAUUGUUUUUUUUUUGUUUUGUUUUUUAAUUUUGCAGAAGAUUCAAAAUUAAUUUUCAUACAAGUAAACUUUCUUCCAGAAGUAGUUUUUUUAUAGAAUUUCAUAGACACAGUGUUCUCAAGAGAGAGACAAGGGGCUGAAUAUGUUUUUUUUUGUUUUUGUUUGGAUCACCUAAAAUCCAUGAACACGUGUGUAGCUUUAACUCUGUCCGUGGUUAUUCGCAAGCUGUGAAUUUGGAUUGCACAGACACACUAACAGUGUUUACAUGCAUGUCUUUCCUUGCCCCAGGUCCUUAUCCUCGAAUGUCAACUACACUUGCAGCUCGACUGCAACUCAACUCCAUCCCCUCUCCACUCGAAUUCCUUCAACACCCAGAACAGGAAUCAUGUGUUUCCCCAGGUAAAAGCCUUGUUCAAAGCUCGUUACUCCGGGACAAAGCAGAAUGCAAUAUCUGCUAGCUCCGUGAUUCCAUAACAGAAUUUUACAUAUAAAUUGUUCACAAACUCUUCCCAGUUAGCCUUUAUUAACCCUGUCUGUAACAAUUUCUCUUGGUUAUAAAAUAAAUGAGAAUAACAUUUAUUUGAAAUUUGAGAUGUGUUGCGAACACAUAAUCUUAUGACAAAAUAGUAAAUUGGUGUUUAUAUUGCUGUGCCUAGACUUAGAGAGAGACUGAAAGUAUUCCCUCAUCCUCAGCAGAAAUAUUGGGGGAUAUAAUGUACUGGGUAUUAUACAAGUAUGAUAGCUUUAUAACCACUGGGAGUUGAUCUACUUAUUGUAUUCUUGUAUGUGUAGAUACGUGGAGAGAGCACCCAUGGGUCUGGGUCAAAGGUAAAUUCAACCUCAUCCAUUUAUUCCACAGCAGACAGCACAAGGGUUAGGUGUAAACUAAAAUAGAUUGUGCCUAGAUCACAUUAUAUACAGAAAUCCAUAAAAAAUAAGAAUACAAACCAACCAAAGUGAAGCAGAAUUCGUAGCUGAUCAUACACAUGUUCCAGUGGUAAAAUACCCCAUUUAGAACUUUAUCAAAACUUACAAAUUAUUCAAGGACAGACUGAAUCCAAGAUAGAUUACCAUAAAAGGGUAUUGUCACAUAUUCUAACCACCAUUUAGUAAAAAAACAGGAAAUUGUCUUCUUCCCAUUUACUUCCUUAGAGUCUAAUGUGCCAAUGGUGUAGAUCCAGAAUAGAUCUCUCUGUAAUAGAAGAUCCCUCACUGUACCUGUAGUUUGAGGGCACUGAGUAUGUAACUAUACCAUAUAGCGGAGGAGAUCGUUACAGUCUUUUAUUAUAUAUGGAGGAAUCAUAUGAUAUAAAUUGGCUACUCACAUGUUUUAGAGCCACUCAGUGCUCAGAAAUGACAGCUUGAAUAGUGAGCGAUAAAUGAUGCUGCUCCGAUAGCAGAGAAUAGAAUCAGCUCAGGUAAUCAAUAUUAAAUAACCAUUGCUGAACAAUUUAUAUAUAACAUGACAUGCUGCCAGCUUUUUAUUCCUAAAGCUUAUGCCAACAAAAAAUAUACAUGUCAUCGUUAAUGCCAGUGCACGAUGGAUAGCAUAAUGUUAGUGGGUACCUACUGCACUCACAUUUUACAGAGCAGAGCACUGUGACAGUGAAAGAUGUGUAGAACUCACACUAUAUGCUGGGAAUCUCCAGGACCCUUAUUAUCCAUAUCAGAGAAGAAGCAUAGCCACUACUUAUUUUCUUUAUUUGUUAUUUGCGACGGAAUCAAAGAUAUUCAAUACAAUGAAAAAUAACAGUUUUUUGAUAACGUCCUGUACAGACAUUAUAAAUGACUAGAAACAAAGUCAAAUUAGUGAACAGAAGUAAAUUAAAAAUAGAAAGUGAGAUGAAGGAUGCGAUCUGCUCUGGGUACCAGCCUAAAGGCAGCCAUGGGAUCCAGUAAUCUAACACCUAUGGGCAGUGGUGUAUUUUGGAUUUGUGCUGCCCUAGGCACGACUAAAUUCGGGCACCCCCAAAAUCUAAAUUUCCCCCCCCCCCCCCCAAAUUCGUGUCAAGGCCAUUUUUGUGACUGACAGACAUGCCCUCAUUGAUACAUGCACUGAUAUACACUCACUGACAGAUACACAGUCAUUGGCACACACAUAUAGUCAUUGGCACACACUGUUUAACCGAGACACACUUUCACUGACAGACACACACUGACACACCCACUCACUGACAGGCACACACUCUCAGAUACACAUAAAAUGACAUACACACACUGACACACACUCACUCUCAGUAAGGUGGACAGCCCCAGAACACGAGGCAAACAAUGUAUUUGUCUGGGAGCUUGGGGUGGCAUUUUUUGGCGCCCCCCCGAAAGUUCCGCCCUAGGCAAAUGCCUUGUUUGCCUUGUGGUAAAUACAUCCCUGCCUAUAGGAUACAUUAAAAUACAUUGUCUCCAAGCAAGCGUGCCUUUCUCCUCCCCAUUUUACACAAAUCACAUCCCUUCAGGAACACACACUACACACUGUAUAUAAUGCAGAGUGUGUGUAUAUAAUGCUGUGUUCACACUCUCUGCAUUAUAUACACACACUACACACUGUAUUCAUUAUAUACACACACACACUAUACAAACACACUGCAUUCACUUUACGCACACUACACACACUGCAUUCACUAUACGCACACUACACACACACACUGCACUCACUAUACACACAUUGAGUUCGCUGUACACACACACUACACACUGCACUCACUUUACACACCACACACAAACACACACACUCUGCAUUCAUUAUAUACACACUACACAGUCACUGCAUUCAUUAUAUACACACACUACACAAACACACACAGCUCCCCUGUCUAAACACACUGCAUCCACUGCAUGUGGUAUGUAUAUUUUGUGCAUUUACCUUUAGAAAUUGUUUAUUUUUUCAAAAUGGUAAAUGCACAGAAUAUCGUCAAGUUAUCGGCCUGAAAGUUCACAGAUCAUCAGUAUCGGUAUCGGCUCUAAAAAAUCAAUAUCGGUCGAUCCCUACUUUUAACCUCUCCUGGUAAGUUUUAUCCCGCAAUCCAUGAACCAGUUUAGUAGCCCUUCUCUGAACUCUCUCUAAAGUAUCAAUAUACUUCUGGAGAUACGGUCUCCAGUACUGCGUACAAUACUCCAAGUGAGGUCUCACCAGUGUCCUGUACAAUGGCAUGAGCACUUCCCUCUUUCUACUGAACAGUAUUGAAUAAUUUGGAAAACAUUAAAGGGACACUAUAGUCACCUGAACAACUUUAGCUUAAUGAAGCAGUUUUGGUGUAUAGAGCAUGCCCCUGCAGCCUCACUGCUCAAUCCUCUGCCAUUUAGGAGUUAAAUCCCUUUGUUUAUGAACCGUAGUCACACCUCCCUGCAUGUGACUUGCACAGCCUUCCAUAAACACUUCCUGUAAAGAGAGCCCUAUUUAGGCUUUCUUUAUUGCAAGUUCUGUUUAAUUAAGAUUUUCUUAUCCCCUGCUAUGUUAAUAGCUUGCUAGACCCUGCAAGAGCCUCCUGUAUGUGAUUAAAGUUCAAUUUAGAGAUUGAGAUACAAUUAUUUAAGGUAAAUUACAUCUGUUUGAAAGUGAAACCAGUUUUUUUCAUGCAGGCUCUGUCAAUCAUAGCCAGGGGAGGUGUGGCUAGGGCUGCAUAAACAGAAACAAAGUGAUUUAACUCCUAAAUGACAGUGAAUUGAGCAGUGAAAUUGCAGGGGAAUGAUCUAUACACUAAAACUGCUUUAUUUAGCUAAAGUAAUUUAGGUGACUAUAGUGUUCCUUUAAAUUACCAUCUCCACCAGCACGUUUAUGUUUCUACUCUUUCGCUGACAUGUCUGCAUUCACGCAGAGCAGGGAUCUGACAAGCAGCUCUCACACCUGGAAAUCUCACUAUUUAGGGAUUUCCUGUACAGAAUAUUGAUACAUUCCAUUCUGGCGGCUUAUGGACCCUUCUGGUUAUAACUGAUUUGAAGUAAGGAUAACCUUUGGCAUUUUCCCAUUAAAUCCUAGCUAGAUGAAUCUAGGAUAUAGGAAUGUGCUCGUGGCCCGUUGAGUCUUUUGUAUACCACGUUAGUUAUAAAAAAUCAGUAACAUGGUUGGAGUGUGAAUGGGAGGAGAUUACCAGCUCGUGGUGUCUCCUACUCUUGUGCAAGGGAUUCACUAGAGAAUGUAUUGGAUAUUUCACCUGAUCCUUUUCUCACAAUACUUUAAACGAGAGCCAAAUAAGCAGAACAAUGACAUUUUAGAGUAAGUUGAACAGACAAAGCCUUGGUCAAAUAAUCGGCCAUUCAGGACAGAGCUAAACAUAGCUCAUCCAGUUUAGAGAAGACAGACAUUCCCCGGAGGUUCUGUAACUCUGUAUUACAACCUGUGCAUGUUUGUGGAAGUCCCAGGUGUGCGGAGGGAACCCAACGCAUUCCCACUGGGAUCCUGACUCUCAUUUAACAGAUGAUUUAAUAGAAAGGGUUUUCCUUUUUAUUAUUUUAUUUUACAGUAGACACCGAUACAUAAUGAUCUUUUUAUAUAAAAUUCACAAUGCCGGUCUGUUUUAGCAGCACAAAGCCUCGUAUUUUACUGGGAGCAAUCUCUACUGUUGAAUCAAUGUGGGUUGUGAAUUGGACCCUAAACAGCCUAUAAAUUCUACUAUCCCUUAUUGUUAUUAUUAUAGAUUUCUGUUAACCAGAUCACCAGUAUUUAAAGUGAAACAAAUAUUAACCUCUCUCUUGUGUAAGGUGUACCUAGUGCAAAUAUAAAAGACCUCUCUGACAGUCUGCCAGGAUAACUGACGACACGCUCGAUAUUCUCGGUCUGAUGUGCUUCUGAAUUUAGACCCUUAGCCGUUUCCAUGGUAGCAGAAAGCGAUGGAGAGAGAUACAGAAUAUAGAUUUGUCAGAUGGAAUGAUAAUUUUGGUUCUGUAAUAAUUCCCCAGAUCUUUAAAAUAAGGAGUUGGUGCAAGACCUGUGAUACCCAUUACAGACAGAGUGUGUAUUAUUUUUAUAGUUCAUUAUUAAAGCUUGCAGAGAAUCGGUAAUCGUGGGGUGCAGAAUGUAUCUACUGCGAGAGAAUGCAACGUAUGAUGAGUCAGGAUUUCACAAAUCCAAUCCAGCUCGGAAUUCCGUAAUCUAACGAGUUAACUGAAAGCUUACAAAACGAUAUCACAUUUGUAUUCGCCAGUUAUACGUGUCAAGAAAAGAUCUCUUGUGCAAAUAAAAUCUAUUUCCGUUCCUCAAAAAAGUCACACCCUAAUGGGAAUGUAGAGAGUCCGUGUUUGCAUACAUAUAGAAUAUCUGAUUAUUAGGAAUCUUCACUAUACUGAGAAUUACCAAUAGUGGGGAAAAUAGCUGAAUUGCAGAAAUUCUUCAGGUCCAGCUUUUUUUUACUAAAAGUUGUAAUUUCAUGUUUAAUUCUUGGUUUACCGGAGGGAUCUCAAGCUCUGGCCCCCUAGAUGUGAUUGUGUACAACUCCCAGAAUUCAUUAUAUGGAAUAGAUGUGCAUAGGAUCAUGGGAGUUGUAGUUUUGAAUUAUCUGAAAUGCUGUGAGAUCUGAUAAUACGAUAAUAUUUAACUCACUCCUAGACCGCUAUAAUCCCAAGUGUUUCCACAAUCAGCAUGCAAUCAAUUAACCUGCUGAUUAGAAAGCACUCAUUCCGCUAGUUUCCAUGGCGACUGCAGGUCCUUAAAUCGUUAGUAGAGUUCUUUAUACGUGUUUACAAUAUGUCUCUUUAGGCAAAUCAGCUUGUUGAAGUGCUUUAGGAGAUAGUGUCCCUGCAGCCUUAUAUCAAGAGAAAUCGUCAUUUUAAAGCCCCUCUGGGUAACACCCCUGGCUGUCAGACAGUCAUGAGGGCACCCUUCUCACCCUCCUUGAGUGCUUUCUUCAGGUAGUGAGGGCUUCUCUCAGAAGAGUAUUGGUAUCACUGUGUCUAUAAACAUCGCCUGCACAGCACACCCAUCAUCCCAAUGUAAUGGAGGAUGCUAUUAGAUAGUGAAGGUGCAGGCUCACAAGGCUACGCUCUAUAAUAUAAAAAAAUUAAAAUAAAUGAAGUUAGCCGCAGCACUACAAAGUAUGCCAAAUCGAUGGAGAUAUAUUCCACCACUUGAUUGAGCAAAACUGCAGAGAGGACGUACUUUCUGCUGGUUUAUAGAGAAGUACCCACUGUGGGCGCCCUGUAAAUUAAAGGAACCCUCUAUUGGGAAAGAAAUGGAUUUCUUUCCAACGGUGGAUUUUUCCCUUUAUCACUGGAGUUUGAUAUACAUUUAUAGAGAGAUUGCUCCAAAGCUCUUCCAGAAAAAUAUUCGUACACUCGACUGAUGGCUGCACUGCUAUAUGAUGUCAAACAAGACAUUAUAAAACGUAUACAAUUAUAAAACCUCUUUUUCUGACUCUUUUCCAGUUCAAGUAGCUGUUUUCCUAUCAGGUAUCUAACCAUUGGAAAUAAAAUAUUACAGUUCUUUAUCUCCUCGUAAUCUUUUAUUCUGUCUUUACAUGUUGCCUAUAUCAGGAAUUUAAAAAGAAAACGUGGAUACAUUAAAAUGCCUAUUUGAUAGUUUAUUUUCUGUUGAAAGUGGUCUUCUUGGAGAGACCGACUCCUAGCAAGUUACAUUUUAGAGAGAAGGCAGGUUUUUUAGGAUUAUUCCGUCGUACCAAUUCACUGUUUUUCCCCCCACGCUAUGCACUGGAUGUCUAACAGUUGAUAUAAAGAAACUGGUGGCAGGUACGGAUCAGAUUUAGAUUUUAAUGCAUGUGAAAGAAAUGGUUAAAACGCCUUGUGUGUUGCUCUCAGCAUUAAUACAUUAAAAUGAUCAUUAACUGCUGUUUGUUUGGCUGAUACUCAUUGCAUGGCAGCUUAAAUGGUUAAACAGUACAUUGAUUGGAAAUCCUAAAACAAGUUUAACCAUGGACUGCUAUGUAACUCACAUCACACCUAACUGCAACUUACUAUUUAGUAGUGAAAUUUAUGGCCUAUGUUUUCCUCCUGAAAUUUAAGAGAUGGACACUUUCAUUUACAUGUUGUGGCCUGGGGUAGACUUAUUCUGAAAGCAAAUACACCAAAAAACGGUUUCAUCAAUUAUAUAUGAUCGAACGCUACAAAAGAACAAAACAUUCAUUUAAAAAAAUCAGCCAUAACUUGCUUUAGCACCGUUUAAUUUUGAAAUAAAUCCUAGCGGAAAUACUAACGCCGUCUCAAAAUUAUUUGCCAACGUGCUUUGGGGAUAGAUUCUACGUACAGUCCGAAAAGAUCGACUGUAUCCAACGGGUUCCUGGCAACGCCUAAAUGUCUUACCAUAUUGUCAAAGGGAGGAGCACAAUGCCAAACACGGAGUUUGUAAAUUCUAGCGGUUAGUUUUGUAAAUGGUGAAUUGCAUUGUCAAAAUUAUAGGUAAAAACAAAUAAAUAAAAAUGUUCCCUUUUUAUCUGAUCUCUUUCGACUCGGUUGCCAUUUAACCACAAUUCAUGGUUUUGUGAAGAGGUUGCUGUUGGUUGGAGAGUCUAACAGAGAAUAACGAAGUGGUCUAUUAAGGAAUGCAUUUGGGAAAUGGUGUGUAGAACUACAUAGAGUCGCCGCACACCUCUACACAAACCCUCACUCUUCUGGUCUCUGCCAAUAAACUUGUGUUUGGAAUUUUGAGCCAUAUAUGGGGCAUCGUUUGACGUUUUAUUAUUUUUCUGAUUUCUUUUUAAGUCUAAUGAGCAUGGCUAAUCAUCCUCCAAGCUUAAAGUGAAUAUCUUGUUUGCAUUAUAUGUCUUUCCUAGGCUGGUUGCUUCACAGUCACACUGAUAUCUAAAACCAUUUAAAAUUUCUGUUCUUUAGUUGCCUGGUUCGCCUUUGAUCCCAGCUCAGCGCACUCAGACAUUAUCUUCUCCAAUGACAAUCUGACCGUCACAUGCAACAGCUAUGAUGACAGGGUAGUGCUCGGAAAAACAGGCUUUUCUAAGGGGAUUCACUACUGGGAGCUGACCGUCGACCGGUAUGAUAAUCACCCAGACCCAGCCUUUGGCGUGGCCCGUAUUGAGGUGUUGAAAGAUGUCAUGCUGGGAAAAGACGACAAGGCUUGGGCGAUGUAUGUGGACAAUAACCGCAGCUGGUUCAUGCAUAACAAUUCCCACACUAACAGGUAUUACCUUCAUGUUUUAAGAGUAUUAUUGUCUGUACACGAACGUGGCACACAUUGAGGUUCUUAAAAGGGAUACUAUCAUGUAUACAAUUAAUUGUCCCUUAUUUACUGUUGUGGUUUCAGAAUUCUGUCAUUUAAUAUACAAUCAUUUGACUGUAGCAUUCCCUAGAAUCGCUUGAGUUCCAUGACACUUAACUCCAUUAUUCACGUAAGAAUGCCAAAUUAAAUACAUUUCUUCAGAAUUUGCCACAGGCCACAACAUACUUAGGCUAAUCCUUGAUGGACAGUGACUGACGUGGAGCUAAGAUGGAGUCGCCCAGUGUAGAGGUAGAAAGUCUCGGACAGAUCAUGGACAUCUGUAAAAGCUCAGCCAUAAAGUAUCAAACUUUAAAAAAAAAAAAUAACGUUGAAAUCAUUUAGCAUAAAGUUACAAAAACUGUACUUUUUAAAAUCUCAGUACACUAAUAAAAAAAAAAACAAAAAAAAAACAACCUCUUGCACGGAAAUCAAAAAAUACAAACAAAAAACAUGUUUUCUUCUCCGUGAUAGUGUUCCUUUAAUGAUCGGUGAAAGCAGUUCUGACAGCUGCCACCCGGGAACACAACGAUCUAGGAAGAAUCCAAAGGCUCUGUCAGUAGGAAGCCUGAGACUUCAUUCUGCAUCUUUCAAAUCCAACUUUUCUAAAACCAUCAUCGCUCGAUACCCAUCAAUGGAUUUCAUCCCAUUUAGAGGGUGGGUUGAAAGAACGUGCAUGAUGAACCCACAGCCUGGCACAGUGUUGUAGUGACAGUAUUGAGUAUUGUCCAGCUGUCCUUAAUGUGUUAGGACCAAUUUUAGAAGGGGACCUUCUAAUAAGAUAUUGACUGAAUCAUGUGACAUCCUUUCAUUAACAUUUAACAUGACUUUUGCUAACAGAACUGAAGGUGGAAUCACGAAGGGAGCGACCGUUGGGGUUCUGCUGGACUUUAACAGAAGAACUUUGACAUUCUCCAUCAAUGAAGAACAGCAGGGACCAGUUGCAUUUGAAAACAUGGAGGGAUUAUUCUUUCCUGCCGUGAGCUUGAAUAGAAAUGUUCAGGUACUGACGCAUUUCACAUAACAUUUCAAUAUUUCUAAAAAUUGAGAAAUCACCAUAGAAACUGCUCUGUUUCUGUGAUGACUGACCCCCUUUUCUACAAGUAGCAGUGUUUUGUCUUCAUUACCCUUUAGAAAUAAAUAUGCAUUAUCAAAGUCUCAAUGAAGCUUGAUGGUGUUAAAUGUACUUUUUGUUUACAAGGCAUUCAUAUCCAGUUUAUAAAUCAGAGGUUGCGGGUCCAACUUCUCUAAAAUCAUCAUCAUCGCUCAAUUACUUAUCAAUAAUGGCAUAGCCCAUUAGAAAUUAUGCAAUAAAUGCAGCACACCAGACUUCUUUAAAUCCAAGUUUAUUGAAAUUUAUAAUAAAUAGUUUAUGGAAUCAUUUCAAGUAUAAACAUUUUGAAUCCUUAAAUGACCAAUUCUAAUUUAGCUGUAGAUUAGUGUAUAAAUAUAAAUAAAAAAGACAUUUUUAACUAUAAUACUAUAAAUCGUUGGUGUAAGUUUGUAAGUAAGCAGUCCUUAAAUAAAAAAAUUUUAAAAAAGUAAAAAAUUCUUAAAACCAAGGCUUGAAAUUUCUUGUCCUGUGUUGUUUAAAAGCCAGGGAUAGUGGAGGAGGGAUGUUUGAGAGCACAACAUAGGGCUUCUUUGCAGGCUGAAUUAGCAACCUGCAAAUCCCUGUUUGUAUCUGUGCUUGGUAUGAGCUAAGUAUGUUUUUAUUUCCCCACUGUGUGUGGACAAUAAGUCCGAAUACAGACAUUAUUUUUAUAAUUUAAUUGCAUUUUUUUAGUAAGCUGCUUACAGUAGGUACAUCCACAUCUAUACCAAUACUUUAUUAUAAAACUAAAAUAGUAAUGUAUUAGUCUUUAACACUUUUUAUUUAGCAAUAAAAAAAAAAAUAGUUUUAAGUAUUUUUAAAAUUCAAAACGCAUCAGUGGAGGUAAGUCGAAACUAAAUGGAUAUUGAUUUUUUUUUUUUUGGGAAGCGGGAGGUGGAAAUGGGUCUCCCUAUAACUCACUCGAUUUUCCUUUGUUUUAGGUAACACUUCAUACUGGUUUGCCGAUUCCAGAGUUCUAUAGCUCCAGAGCGUCUAUACAGCCUUAA